AUGGCUGAGUUGCAAGAAGAGUUAUUUGCAGCAAAGCAAGGAGAUUUGAGUAUCACUUUAUAUUUCACAAAGCUGAAAGGAAUUUGGAAGGAGAUGGAUAACUUUAGUCCAAUUCCGAAUUGCAAGAAUUGUACUGCAAUCUGUGAUUGUGGCCUAGAGCCACUCACAAAGUUAGAUGAUGCUCUUUUAAUACUGCUGCAACAAGAAAGACAAAAUGCAGAAAUAGGUGAAUGCAAAACAUUGAUUACCACUACCAAUUCGAGGGCUAAUUCUCAAGGAUAUCAAACAAUCAGAGGAGAAAGGAACUUUCACGGCAUAGGUAGUAAAACAAAUGGUGGCAGAGGCGGCAGAAGCAACAAACAAUGUACUUUUUGUGGAAGAAGUGGUCAUAUUGAAGAUGUAUGCUACAAAAAACAUGGCCUGCCACCACAUUUAAGAAACAACAAUGGCAGCAACAUGAUUAAUAAUGUGAUAGCUGAUGAUAAAAUUGAGAAUAUCAGCAAUAUUGCCACAUCUUCUCAGGUAAUAAAUGGGGGUUUUGAGUUUCAAUUCUCUAUCGACCAGAAAAUGGCACUGUUAACACAUUUGGAAAAGGAGAAUUCACAACAUUCAAAUCAUAAUAGCAACAACCAUGUAGUCGCACUACCUUCUAAUCAAGUUCAAAUUCAAUCUCAUAUCAGUGUCAAGGUUGGAUCUGAUCUUAGAUGCAGAUUCAUUUUUAAUGAUUCUUCUUGUGAGAUCCAGGAUCGUCUCUCCAAGAGAAUGAUUGGAGUAGCUGUGCAAAAAAGAGGACUUUAUGCUUUUGAGAACCUCACAACAGUUGCAUCCACAAGCAUAGCAUCAGUAUUAACAUCGAUAAUCUCACCUUGCAAGUCCAACAAGAGUGACACAGUCACACAGAGACACUUUGGCAUUUUAUACUAG